CAACCCUUCCCAUCUUCCUCUCCAAAACCCCAUUCCACGAUAGCUCCCCCCCCCUCUUAUUCGUUUCAAUCCAUUCCCAUUAAUCCGCUCUGUCCCAUCAUCUUCUUCUCUCAUCGCUCUCACUCAGCAGCUCAGCUCAUCGGAGAUCGGGUCCCUCCCGAGACAAUCUUGCUUGCGAUCCCACAGAAGCUUCUUGUUCUCGAGGGUCAGUCAACUCUUGAGCCGUAAGCCAUGACUUCCCCCAAGAAACCCCCUUCGGACCCGGCGGCGGCUAUCCUCGUCCAGCCCUCCUCGCCUCGCUACCCCUCUGGGACCCCGACCGCCGGUGCCCAGCGCAAGAUCGGCAUAGCCGUCGAUCUCAGCGACGAGAGCGCCUACGCCGUCCGCUGGGCUGUCCAGAACUACCUCAGGUCUGGAGACGCUGUUAUACUUCUCCACGUGAGGCCAACAAGCGUACUCUAUGGUGCAGACUGGGGCGCAAUGGACCUUUCGAUGCGAGAGGGCGAUGAUGAGGUGUCACAGCAGAAGCUUGAGGACGACUUUGACACCUUUACCUCCACUAAGGCCAAUGAUCUUGCCCAGCCCCUCGUGGAUGCUCACAUACCCUUUAAGAUACACAUUGUGAAGGACCACGACAUGAAGGAGCGGCUCUGCCUUGAGGUCGAGAGGCUCGGUCUUGGUGCUGUUAUAAUGGGGAGCCGCGGGUUUGGUGCCUCAAGAAAGACCGCUAAGGGCAGGCUUGGGAGUGUAAGCGAUUACUGUGUCCAUCACUGUGUCUGCCCUGUGAUUGUUGUCAGAUACCCUUAUGAAAAGGAUGGAGGGGACAGCAUAGGUGCAUGCCCUGUUGUUCACGAGGAUGAGCAGGAAUAUCAUGACGCGACCGACAAACAGACAGAAACAGAGAAGGCUGCUUAAGGAGGAGAGCAAGGGAGGCUGUGAAGAGGAUAAACUAAACCGCUGAGGUCCAAUGUUUUGGGUGUGUCUUUGUCAUAUGCUGUCUAUGAUAAUGAAAUUGUCACAUGUAUCCAUCCAACCUGUUUGGACAGUGAACCAAAGUGUGAAAAUUUCUGCUUCUCCUUUUGGGAUCAAGUUUGGUUUCUUAUUUGGAGCUCUUUAAUUACUCCUUGCCUUCAA